UGUUCAUACAUACUAGUAUUAGACAAGUCUUAUAAAUUUAAUAGCCUUGUUUUUCCAAGAUGUUUCCUUUUUGUUUUUGUCUUUUGGAAUUAGUUGAGAGGUCUUUUACCCUCUCUUUUACUUACUCUUUCUCUUUCUAAAACCUUCUUUUUCUCUAUUCAAAUUCCAAUGUCCUCCAUUUUAGGCUCUCAAGGUGUGUUCUUGGCUACAGCCAUGGCUGCCGUUUCUGGUACUGUUAUCAUCUUAGCUUUAAGACUUCAAAAAUCAAUCCUUAAUACUUCUUCUUCUACACAAUUUCAAGUCAACCCAAUUCCAAUUCUUCGUCCCUGCCUUUCUUCAGGUGAAAAGAAAGCAGAAAAAAAGAAAAAAAGGGUGAGAUUUGCAGAAGAUGUGGUGGAUCCCACAGGGGAUAAUCAGGAAUUUAGAAGACAACAUAGUAAUCAUUUAAGGAAGAUUAGUAAAAUUGAAAACAGAGGAAUGCCUGCAAAUCGUGUUGCACUUUACAAUGGAAUUCUCAGAGAUCGUGUGAUUCAUCAGUAAACCCCUAUGGCACCUCGACGGAGAAUGGAUAUGCGAGCGGAUGAUGAACCCGAGUUGGAGUAUGACUCCCCUUUUUUUUAGAUCUCUUUAUUGUAAUCGAGAGACUAUUAGUUUAGUUGUUUAGAUUUAGACUAUUUUAAGGAUGUAAUUUGAACUU